CCAAAGAGCCAGCUCCUGCUGAAAUUUUAUUGACAAACCUCCAGAUUUAUUGGGUUGGCUCAAUGCUGUCCUGGUUCUAGUUGUGCAAGAAAUAAGGUUGACCAAGAACUGGAACAAGAUGGUAUCUGUGCUCCAAAAUGUCAAGGCAACAAUGGCCUGGCGGAAACACCAGCUCCUAGCUGACUUUGAUGAGAAUGAGAGCCCUGUACCCAACGAAUUCAAGAGAAGGGCUUCUCUGAGUUCUCUCAGUACCAUCCGCAUGUCUGUAAGGAAGCGAGCACCAUUAAAGCAAGUAGAAUUGAAUUUUCCUAAGACCCCAACUUGGGAAAGCCUGGAAGCAAGACAGAAGUGCCAAACUCUUCAGAGUAUUAAAAGAACGGCAAAAAAUGCUUUUGGAACAGUGUCCCAGAAAAUACAGAAGUCUUGCCAAAGCCCAGAAGACUUGAUGGUGACCUUUCCAGCUGAAUCCAUCAGCAGAAGCCGUGCAACCAGUUCUACCAAGAAAACAAGUACUACACCUCGAACUGCUUGCCCUAAGAAGAUCAUUACUCCAGCAGCCAGUUCCAAAGGCACCCCAAGAUCCAGCAAAAGAGCCUUGCUCGGGCCACCAAGGGUGUCACAACACAGAAAAUGGAGGGGUUUCUCAUCCUGGCUUGGUAAAGAUGCUGUCUCUCUCCGGAGAUCAAGAAGAGCAGCAGCACUGAAGAGCCCUUAUUCAUCACCUGUUCCUGCCAGCAGAAAGAUAGAGUUUGACUGCGAGUUGGAGCUGGUCUCCUCAGGGAUUUGUCAAUUGAAGCGUAUCUCCCAGGCAUUUGAUGAUGCCAUUGUGCAAGAGGAAAGUGAUAUGACAGUUUCUCUCAUUCGUAACUGAAGAUAGUAUCAACCAGCAUUGUCUUAGCAGUUAAGAUGAUGCUAUCACAAUAACAGCAGUUGAUACCUGUAUUGCUGGCAUUUUUAAACACAGCAAUUGUACCUAAAUGGAUGGGAACAGGAGUUCUUUGCUGUAAGUUUCUAAACAUCACUUCCAGUGUCAAUUCAUUGAACCAUUACCAGGUAAAUGCCUUAUUACCUUCACUGAGAUCUGUAUUGUGACAUUAAUAUCUUCACCUAUUGUGCUGGAAGUGUUCCUUUUGUUAAAGUUACACCCUGAAUACUAUGUCCUAUUUUAGCAACAAAGACAGGUAUAAGACAUUGAUUGCUGUAACUUUUCAGGAAAAAAGAGAGCAGUUUCAAAUGCUUAACUGAAGCUUUAAACAGUGAUGCGUACUGCUUCCACUAUGCAAUUUGGUCCAGUUCUCCUGCCUGCUCUGUCACUGGCUCAUUUGUAGGUUGCCUACUGGAAUAAUUGUGAAAUAAACUUUUUUGGAGGUGCCCUUACAGUCUUGCAUGUGACUUUCUGUCCUGGUAUUCAAUUACCAUGAGUUUUAGUCUUACAGCUCCCUCUUCAUCUUUUCUGUGAUGAAACAAACCCUGAUCUCAAACUGCUUAUAGUUGCCAGCUCCAUGCAUUGUUCUAAUGUUUUUCAUUUUAAUGAAUUAGAUUAUAUCACAAGAAAUGCUCCUGUUGCUAGUUAAAGUAUUGCAGUACUUAAUUUGUGUACUGCCAUUUAUGCUCACUGAAGGUAACAAAAAUAUUUUCUUGCUAGUGUUUACAACUGUUAUGCAGUGAAAGUAUACAGGUUCCAGACCUCCUCCUUGCUCCCAUCUAACAGUUUUCCAGCAAUUUGUGUGACAACUGGUUAAUUAACCUUACUGACUUCAUGCUGCUAAUGGCAGUCUUGUUCUUCUGCAGGCAACAUGCAAUAUCAAACUACUACUAUCUAAUGGCACAAAACUUACAGUCUGCAUGUCGAUCUGAGAAACUUUUUCAAGCUAUCCGAAGGCAAACAAAGAAACUCCAUCAAGCACUUGGUACCUAGACAGAGAUGGCUGUAACUGUUGUUAGUUUAUGAGCAUAGAUAAAGGAGAGCUCUGUGUAGCACAUGAAAGGGUGCACUCUAUACAUUGAACAAGCCAUUCCAUUUUAUAAUCUUUCUUGACAAAGCAGCUCAGGACUUCCUUUCCUUUGCUUUCUCUUCUUAAGUGAACAGGAGAAUCAAAAUUAUACCACAGUGUAUUAUCUCCUGCUGAGACAAGGGACCAUCUUGAAUGUGACUUUUAUAAGGCAGUAAGUACUUUGAAACUUGUUGAACUGACCAAUAGGAAUGGCCAGAGCAAGGGCCACAGACUUAUGAAGUGUGAUCAUAGGUAAUAGUAGUAUUUAGAGUGGUAUCCAAUUGCCACGGGUUUUAGUAUGAGUACUUUGCAUACUAAAAGUACUGGUCCAUUAUUCUGAAAGCCUAACAAUUUUUUUUCUAUAUACAAACAAACCAAAAGUUAAGCAUCAUGUUUAACUGGAAGUUAAUGAAACAGCAGUGGCUUGUUUGAGUUCUGACCACAACUGCCAUUCCAAGGCAACAGGUUUCUGUGGAGUCACUCACACUACAACAGAGGAGCCACAUUAGGACUUGAAUUCAUGGCCUUAAGGAUUGCUAUUAGAUUAGCCUAACUGAUCCUGUGUUAAGUAAUUGGGCUCCAGACAAAUCAGAGCAACUUUAUGUCAUUUCUUGCUGCUGCUUUAAAUAGCAUCUUGGCAGUUGAGUUAAACAUUGCUUUUGUACUACAAUAUCUGUCUUUUAGUUAUACACAGAAAUUGGUUACUACAAUUAUUGUAACCUCUUAUAACUACUGUUAUUAGCUAGUAUCACAGUGCAGGCAUUUGAUGAAGUAUACUAAGUGUUUGAUGCCUGUAUUUUGCCUCUAAUUACUUUUUUAAAAAAAGUAAUGUUCAUUUGAUAAGCCUUUUUUGGUAGGUGAUUCACUUUAACAAAGUUUAGUCUCAAACUAAAGCACAGAUUUCUCAAGCUCUAGAAUUCACCAGGGCUGUUUUCCAUGGCAGCAGCUUUGUGCAGGCUUCUCAGAUUACAUUCACUCUAAGAUGAACCUUCAAACAAGACUGAUUUGGGAAACUUUGUUCUCCUUGAUAAUUUUUAAGAUGCACAUGUAAUUUAGUAAAAGUGGAACUAACUAAAAUUUUAAUGGUAUUAAGUAUAAAUAUGGGAAGCAGUCAUAUCCAAGUCUGAUUCAUGUGUAAGUAGUGAUUUUAAACUUGCUCCUGAUUAUUUUUUUUCUUGUCAAACUAAAUUGUUUUAAAAUAUUGAAACAGUUAAUGAGGCCUUGAAACAUGAAAACAACUAUGACUUCCAGGCUUUCAUAUGACUGAGAGUUUUAGCUUGUGUUAUUUCUUGAUGUAGUUUUUGUGUGUGUGUUUUGUUGUGGUUUUGCUUUUUUUUUUUUUUAACCACCUUUCUAUAUGGAACAGUAGCUUGAAGUUAUUCUUUGUAUGUACUGAAACUACUUCUAUAAAGCUUUCACAAA